AUGCGAGCCUGUGUGUGGUGCAAGAUUCAGAAGGUGAAGCCAAUUGUUCCGAGAACGGUACCCUUACCAAGGCAGCGUUUGGCGGCGAGGGUCGAUCCGUUUUCGUACGUCGGCAUAGACUAUUUUGGUCCACUGGAAGUGUCUAUUGGCCGAAGGAAGGAAAAGCGAUGGGUGGCACUUUUCACGUGCCUAACUGUGCGAGCGGUACAUUUGGAGGUGGCGUACAACUUGACGGCUGCCCCACACAUGGGAGGUGCGUGGGAGAGAAUGGUGCGCUCGGUGAAAGAGGCUCUAAAAACGUUCACAGAUGGUCGGAAGCUGACGAACGAGAUCCUGCAGACGGCACUGAUCGAGGCAGAUGAUCAGCUCUCGUCCACUCACCUCGUGUCCACCAACGUGAAGGAAGACAAGGAAGCGUUGACGCCGAACCACUUUUUGCGUGGUCGUUCAUCGGUCGAGUGUCUGCCGUCGAGGAAUCCGGUUGACCUGGCCAACACGUUGCGUAGUAGCUACCAUCGCGCACAGUUCUUGGCGGAUGGAUUCUGGGAUCGUUGGCAGAGGGAAUACCUGCCGAUGUUAAACAAGAGGUCUAAGUGGUUCGUGGAUCAGCGGCAAGUAGCGGUUGAAGAUUUGGUGUUCGUGGCAGAUGGAGAGAAGCGAAACGUUUGGGAGCGAGGCAUGGUGAAGAAGGUGUUCGUUGGGAGCGUCGGAAGAGUCCGUUCAGACAAGCAGAUGCGAGAAGGUCAGACCGGUAGCGAAGCUAGCCGUUCUGGAGGUCACUUCGAAGGAGUAAUCCCCGUACUGUUCCUGAUGGAACCAGCCACAGGAUUUACGGGCGGGGGAAUGUUGCCGUUGCAGUUAGGCCUGAAAGGGUUGCGGUAA